UAAGCGCUGAUUGGUUGGAAAAUAACCGCGGCGGAUAGAGGACAUUGCAAGCUGAGCUGUACUGUAUUCUACUCAUUUUUACGCUGCAUUUAAUUAUAUAAUAAUCAUAAAAUAAAUUUUAAAAUUCAGUGUUUUAUCAUACGUCUUUGUAUGUUUGAGAUUAUGUAAUCCGGGAUCGUCGGGGAAGCACUGUAAGGGAAGGUACAUUCAUCUUUUUCCAUGGAGCUGUAACAUUCUACUGUGUGUCUUUAUAGAGUACAUCAAAGACAAUGGAAGCUAACAAGCACAUUCUUAAUAUAACUGGGCAUUUACAAUGUGCCUAUUGUAGUUACCAAUGUAUUAGCAAUGAAAACUUUCAAAUUCAUACCGGUACAUGUCAUCCAGAACACUGUGAAGAAAUUGAUAUAGGCAGGCUGGGUAAGGUUGUAAUUUAUCAGAGAAGUGCCAAACUGUUUCACUGCCAGGUGUGCUUUUUCACUGGCAAGACCUACACCAGUGUGUAUGAUCAUGUGAUCAUCAGCCACUCCCUCUCAGGGAAUCCCAACACUCUGCUAUCAAAAAAUAAGCUCAACGAAAAUGAGGAGUCGAAGGUACCGCUUAGUGGCAUCCAGGAAGAGUUUGUAAAAGAAGAGAAGGACAAGCCAGAAACGAGUGAAGACGUGGCUGAAAAUUCCAGUGAGAAAGUGAAUGAUGCAGACCUUGAUAGCCUAUACACAACUCCGGCCAAGUUCACGCCACUUAAUAGCAUAAAAAGUGAUGAUCGGGAAUCAGGUGACAACGAUUCCAACAGUCCUGAUGUACCUAAAGAGGAAAAAUCGGCUAAAAGAAAAAGGCUCCACGGGAGUUCUGAAGAUCAGCCAGUGGACUUUGAAGACUGUGACGACCGUGGUUAUUCUCCGAAUGGCAGUUCAUCUAGCUCCAAUAAACACCUCGAGCAAGAGGGAUCAAAGGGUGCUGCACAGGAUGAGGAAGCUGUGUUUCUUUCAAAGUAUGUCAAACGCAAAGUAGGAAGGUACUACUGCAAAAUCUGCAACUGGAGAGGAAAAAUGAAAGGCUUUGUUCUGUAUCAUGUGAGUCGGAAACAUAAUAUUCCCAAACCCUACGCCUGCAAAGAAUGUGACAAGUCCUUUUUUCUGGAGAGCCUUCUUAAUAAUCACAUACAUCUUCACCACAAACAGGGUUUGUACAAAUGCCCGUACUGUCCUUUCGAAUCGAACUUUCUUCGAGGUAUUAGGAAGCAUUUAAAACACUGUAGCUCCCAGCAUGGGGAGAGUGCUGACAAUGAACUCUGGGACAGUGAUGAGCAAAUGGAUGAUUAGAAUGAAGUCAGUUAGGUUACCACGGUUACCUCUAGUGGGUUUCCUGUCAUCUCUGUUUAUUUUGAUUACUGAGCCACAGGUCUGGUGCUUGUUUGUGGUUUUGCCUGUGUUGUGUUGUGUUGUGUUGUGUUCACAGGGAAACCAUCUCAAACUGAUCAAUACUCCGGUAUAUAGUAUAUACGACUCAACAAAGUGUUUCAUAGUCCUGUCACAGCAACUCGAACAGUCCACAGCUUUUGCUGAAAGCCUCAAAGUCUACAAACAUGAAACUGGCAACAAUACCAAGCUAUUGAAUACAUCACAGAUGGUCCUUUUUUGUAAGAUGUAGGCUAUCUGGUGAAUAUAUUGUGUUAGUAAUGGUUAGGAUGUUUUCUGAUAUGUUUAAUUCGUAUUUAUCCAGUGUAUGUGUGACAUAGAGAUAGAGAGAUACUACACCAAUAUGCCCCACUCCCCUUAUUUAUUUAUUUUUGUUAACUUUUUAAUCUGUUUAAUAUCAUAUCUUUUCGUUUGGUUAUUAUUUUUUGUAAUUUAUGAAUAUUUUAAUCCAAAUAACCAAUUACUAUGUGAUGCCAUUAAUUUUUAAUAUCCAGUGCUCCUUAAGUAUAAAAUGUAUGGCAAAAUGAAUGAAUAGGAGAAUCCCAAAAAAAUUAAAAAAAAUUAAAUUGUUACAAAAAA